AUGGCAGAGUCGUGGCCUUCGUUGGGCCAGUGCACCUUGGUGUCGGCUGCAUUCAAGGUGCUCCUCAAAUCGACCGAUUUCGAAGUCCACCGUAACUGGCUAGCAGUGACAUACUCCCUCCCGAUAUCAGAGUGGUACUACGAGAAGACGUCGCAAUGGACCCUCGACUACCCGCCCCUGUUCGCCUACUUCGAGUGGGUGCUCUCGCACGUCGGCCACCUCCUCGACCCGGCCAUGGUGCGCAUCUACAACCUCGAAUACGACGGCUGGCGCACCGUCUACUUCCAGCGCGCCUCCGUCAUCAUCACCGAGCUGGUCCUCGUCUUCGCCCUGCAGGCCUACAUAGAGUCCACGUCGCCCCGCUGGCGCCGCGCCGCCCACGUCGCCGCCGUGUCCGUCAUGCUCUCCCCCGGCCUGCUGAUCAUCGACCACAUCCACUUCCAGUACAACGGCUUCCUCUACGGCCUUCUCGUGUGGUCGCUCGUCCUGGCCCGGAGCAGGUCCACCCUGCUCCCCAGCGGCCUGCUCUUCGCCGCCCUGCUGUGCUUCAAGCACAUAUACCUGUACCUCGCGCCGGCCUACUUUGUCUUUUUGCUGCGCACCUACUGCCUCUCGCCCAAGUCGCUGUUCCGCAUCCGCCUCCUCAACUGCCUCAAGCUGGGGACGGGGCUGGCCGCUGUGGCCGGCGCCGCGUUCGGUCCGUUUGUCGCCAUGGAGCAGAUCCCUCAGCUGCUCAGUCGGCUGUUUCCCUUUUCACGCGGUCUCUGCCACGCGUACUGGGCUCCCAAUGUCUGGGCCAUGUAUUCGUUUCUCGACCGGGCGCUGAUCCACGUGCCCCUCGCAGCCGCCCCCAGACUAGGCCUCACGGUGCGGGUCGAGGCCCUGGAGAGCGUGACGCGCGGUCUGGUGGGCGACACCUCGUUUGCCGUUCUCCCGGACAUCAGCGCACGCACGUGUUUCCUCCUGACGGUCUUCUUCCAGGCGCUCCCGCUGAUCAAGCUGUUUGGGGCCCCGACGUGGGAGAACUUUGUGGGGGCCGUGACGCUGUGCGGGUACGCGUCGUUCCUCUUUGGCUGGCACGUGCACGAGAAGGCCAUCCUGCUCGUCAUCAUCCCCUUCAGCCUGGUGGCCCUGCGCGACCGACGGCACUUUGGCGCUUUCAAGCCGCUCGCGGUGGCGGGCCACGUGUCGCUCAUGCCACUCCUCUUCACGCCGGCCGAGUUCCCGAUCAAGACGGCCUACACCAUCUUCUGGCUCAUCACGUUCCUGGUGGCGUUUGAGCGGCUGGCGCCGGCGUCCAACACGAACAAGCAGCGGUUCUUCCUGCUGGACCGGUUCAGCACCAUCUACAUCGCCGUAAGCAUACCGCUGAUCGCGUACUGCUCGCUGCUCCACUCGGUCGUGUUCGGCAAGUCGUACGAGUUUCUGCCGCUCAUGUUCACCAGCUCUUAUUGUGCUAUCGGGGUGAGUAUUUUUGUGCGUGUGGAGACCGAGCCGACAGCUUCCACGCGAGACAAAGUGCCGAAUCAGUACUAA